CAGAAUUGCACGUCGUCUGUAGACAUCGCUGAAUUUGAGGCGUGGCUAGCCUACUCUCUGUAAUAUAUAUUUUUUCGUUACUUCAAAUACCAUGUGUUGAACGGAACUAGUGAGUCUCCAAAGUGAGUCUCCAAUACCGCCUCGCAACAGAUACUUGGAGGAGUGUAGUAUAUUUUCAAAGGACCGACAAAUAAUGCAAAGUUUCAAGAGGGAUGGCUGUUUUCGCAAACCAUACUUUUGGAAUUUUCUUGGAAUACAGCAAAAACACUAUCUCUUUUGGACCCACUAGAACACUUUUAUUUCUGACAGACCUAAUGUUCUGAAAUAUUUGCUGAGAUGAUUCAGUACUACAUUGUAUUUGAGAUAUUUAUAGCUAUUUUAUCCAUCUCUGGCAAUGUAUUGGUUUGCUGGGCAGUCGCCAUCAACACCACUCUGAAAACCACUACGAACUACUUUUUGGUGUCUUUGGCUGUGGCAGAUAUUUUGGUGGGUUGCCUUGCCAUCCCCUUUGCCAUAACCAUAAGCAUCGGUAUAUUUUUGGACUUCUAUGGAUGUCUUUUCCUUGCCUGUUUUGUUUUGGUACUGACUCAAAGCUCGAUUUUUAGCCUCCUUGCAGUUGCAAUUGAUAGAUAUUUGGCCGUCAAAAUACCCCUCAGGUACAAGGAGCUGGUGACGGGUACGAGGGCCAGACGAAUCAUCGCCAUCUUAUGGAUCCUGUCUUUCGUCAUCGGCCUCAUCCCAUUCCUGGGUUGGAACCUGAAGGUGACUUCCUGCCGUCAGAAUGUCUCCAGUAGCCUGACGAAUGGCAAGUCUUUGGGGGACAAUGCCAGUACCACCAUCCCCCCCCUGGUGGAUGAUCUGGGCAGUGCAGGUGACUUCCUGAGCAGCUGCAAGCUUAACUGCCUGUUUGAGAGUGUGGUGGACAUGCACUACAUGGUCUACUUCAACUUCUUCGGCUGCGUCCUGCCUCCUCUGUUUAUCAUGCUGGGCAUCUAUGUGAAGAUCUUCACCGUGGCCCGCAAGCAGAUGCACCAGAUUGAACUCAAGUGCUCAGUGAGCAGCAAUGGGGACAGCCACCAUCACGGGCUCCUGCAACGCGAGAUCCGUGCCGCCAAGUCUCUGUCCAUCAUUGUGGGGCUGUUUGCCCUAUGCUGGCUGCCCGUGCACAUUCUCAACUGCCUGACCCUGUUUUACAAGGACCUGUGCAAGCCGGCCCCCGUCAUGUACAUAGCCAUCAUGCUGUCACAUGCCAACUCAGCCGUCAACCCCGUUAUCUAUGCCUACCGCAUCCAGGACUUCAGGAACACAUUCCGAAAGAUCCUGACGCGUCACGUCCUAUGUCAGAAGGAGGAGCCUUACCUGCACUCCUCCAAUGGGAGCAGACGGAACAGAGAUCAGAUCCACAUGACCAUUGACCCUUUACUCUGAGGGGUGGGGCCUACAUGGGGCAUGGCCCUUUACUCUGAGGGGUGGGGCCUACAU